GUAUCUAUUUAAAGGGAUUUGUCUGCGGCAGCGGUAGCGGCGGUGUUUUUUAAACCUGUUUGCCGACGUUUAAAGGGAGGUUGCGGUAAAAUUAGGAGGUAAAAAAAAGAUUUAUUCCAGUUCGGAUCGUUACGCUUCUCAGAUGUUUUAUGUUUGAGGUGUAUUGACAAUUGGCGGCUGUGUUAUGUAAUUGCAAUUACUGGAAGGGUUUUAAGCACUGUUUGGACAAAUUUGGAGGCUUUUCAGUUUUCUUUUGAUGAUUUUGGAGUUUUCACUGAAGAAGAAUGGGGCAAGCUAAGUGGGAAGCUGACAAAAUGCUGGAUGUGUACAUUCAUGACUAUCUUGUCAAAAGAGGCCUCAGCAUGUCGGCCAAAACUUUCAUGUCAGAGGGGAAAGUUUGUACAGAGCCAGUUGCAAUUGAUGCGCCUGGAGGCUUUUUGUUUGAGUGGUGGUCCGUGUUUUGGGAUAUUUUUAUCUCACGAACAAAUGAGAAACAUUCUGAGAAGGCAGCUUCAUAUAUAGAGAUACAACAAGCAAAAGCUAGGGAGCUUCAGAUACAGCAUGAGAAACAGGAAAGGCAAUGGCAACAGCAACAACAACAAAACCCACAGCAAGAGCAGCAAAUUUUUGCUCAGCUAAGGAGGAACAUGACCCAUCCUUCUAUUAAUGGUGCUGCUAACUCGAUCAAUCCUGAAAACCGGAUGGGACAAUCGACAGUUAAUGCUAUGACAACCAAAAUUUAUGAACAGUGCUUGAAACAGUCACACCAAAGGGACGGGUUUGAGGAGUCUGCUUUGAAGAGAGUUGGAGAAUCUCCAGCACACUUCCUGGAUUGCGGCAAUGCUGUUCUCAAUAAAGCUGCUUCCAUUGCAGGGCAACCUUCUGGGUCAUUGUUUCAGAAUACUGCUGCAAAUGUUAGUGGACCUGCCCAACAAGGUCAAGUUUGGCGUCAACCAAUUCCUGGGAAUUCACAGGGAUCACUUGUUAUAGAUCCAUCCAUGUUGGGAGUAUCUGGUCCAGUGUUAAAAUGCGAUCUUCCAAAUCAUGGUGCUAAUAAUGGUAUACCAUUAAAAGGGUGGCCGUUGAAUAGCAUGGAACAGCUUUCUUCAAGCUUGCAACAACAAAGACAAAAUCAGUUCUACCAACAAUUUAAGCUCAUGUCUCCGCAGCAGCAGCAGGAGUUCUUGCUUCAGGCAAAAGCUCAUAAUCUUGGGGAUGCAGAUUUACUAAGGCUUAAGCUUUCAAGGUCACAUGGAUUGACAGGCAUGGAUAGUCUACCAAUUGAGAAUGAUGGAUCUCAUGGUAUGGGACGUCAAAUGCAGAUGUCUUCUAUGGCAAGAGCGGCUUCACAAGAUCAAGCUGACCUUGUUUCAAAGAUUAAGAUGGUCCAUAUGAUGCAGCAACAGCAGCCGUUGUUGUUAUCUCAGCGUAAUCUACAGCAGCAGCAGCAGCAACAACUACAGCAACAGCAACAACAUCAAGAAUCACAUCAACAGUUUGGAAAAAAACGGAAGCACGCAUCUUCUUCAGGAGCAGCAAAUAGCACUGGAACUGGUAAUACUCCUGGUCCUUCAGCGAAUUCAGUGCCUUCAACACCAUCAGCCCACACACCUGGAGAUAUGAUGUCCAUGGCUAGCACCUUACAGCAGAGCAACAGUGCAUCCAAGAAUUUAAUGAUGCAUGGAUCUGAUGGGACAGGUGGACUUGCUUCGCCAUCAAAUCAGAUGGUGGAUAUGCAUUUUGAGGACUGUGCCCUUGAUGAAAACAUAGAAUCAUAUUUUUUACCUGAUGAAGGAGAAAAAAGAGAAGGAGUCUCAGAUACAAUGAAGAAUCAAAUGACUAGUUCAAAGGGGUUUUCUUUCAAGGAAGUAGGUAACUUACUUCCAAGCACAAAUAAAGUCGUUUGCUGUCAUUUCUCACCAGAUGGCAAGUGGCUGGCAAGUGCUGGGCAUGAUAAGAAGGCUGUUUUAUGGAAUGUGGAGACCAUGAAGCUUAAAAGCACAUUUACAGAACACACUCAUUUUAUUACUGAUGUUAGGUUCAGCCCGAAUCCAAAUUGUCUGGCUUCAGCAUCCUUUGAUAAGACUGUCAAAGUAUGGGAAGCUGACAAGACUACUUACUCCCUAAGGUCUUUCACCGGGCAUUCAGCCUCUGUCAACUCAGUAGAUUUUCAUCCGAGUAAUGGGGAUCUUCUCUGCUCUUGUGAUGAAGACUCUGAAAUCCGCUACUGGAGUAUAAGCCAAGGUGCUUGCACAAAAGUUUCCAAGGGUGGCUCAACACAGCUGAGAUUUCAACCUCAAGUUGGGCAGUACCUUGCUGCUGCCACAGAGAAUGCAGUUACUGUCUUUGACGUUGAGACUGAUACUCGCUUGUAUUCCUUACAGAAACACAAUAGGCCAGUACGUUCUUUAUGCUGGAAUGCAACUGGUCAAUAUGUUGCAUCUGUAAGUGAGGAUUGUGUGAAAAUUUCAUCAGUAGCAGAUGGUGGGAGAUGCAUUCAACAGAUCCCGUGCACUGGUAACCCGUUCCAGACUUGCAUUUUCCAUCCAACUUAUCCUGGACUUGUAGUUAUUGGUUGCUAUCAGACUAUUGAGUUGUGGAAUACGGAAUUGGAAAGGAGGAUGACAGUUAAAGAUGCACACGAAGGUCUCAUUGCUGCAUUGUCCUCAUCAGCUACAACUGGGAUGAUUGCUUCUGCAAGUCAUGACAAGUAUGUUAAACUUUGGAAAUAACUACUUUGUGCUCUUACAAUUCCGGGAUUAAAUUUUGUGUAUAGUUCAGUACCCUGAUAAUUUUGCUUAACCUGAGGAUCCCUGAUUCAAACUGUUGUACCCAAUAUACCUGAGGAUCCCAGAUACAAACUGUUGAACCCAAUAUGUGGGUUACUGUUUUUGUAAUCGAAAUCAGAGGCCAAUGGCAGAAGAGCAUUUAUUACUCAAUGCUCUAUUGAGAUCAUUUUUAAUGUUAUAUUUGUGGACGUUUAUAUAUAAUACCAGUUUUGAUCCAUAGAACGAAUUUCAGAUAUUCAGGCAAGACCAUUUCAAAAUACUGGUCUAGAAACAUUUGUUAAUAUUACAUAGUGAUGUGAAAGUUGAGGUGAAGUUGAUCCUCACUUGGAAGAGAGAUUAUAUGCUUGCCUUUCUGUUUAUAGAAAUUUCUCUCAUGCAAGGUGCUAGAAAGGAAUAGUUCACCGAGUGGGAAGAAUUUUGAGGGCUGGAAAAUAUUGUAUAAAUAUUGAUUAGUGAUUAUAUUUCCAGUCUGGAAAAAUAAGAAAUAUAAGCGUUGUUGGUUAAUAUUUUAAGAAA